CCCGAGGAGCCGGCGGCCGGGCGUGCGGGGCGCGCGGAGCAGGUGCCGGCGAGCCCUUCGCAUGCGGCUGCCCGGCCGGAGGUGGUAGCGGCGCCGGGCGCGCUUCGCCCGCCCCUCCUCCGGGCAGCACUCGGGCUCUGGGGCGCGGGGACAUGUCGGUGGUGACAGGCAGCAGCGAGGCGGCCGGCGGGGCUGGCGGCGGUGGCGCGCGGGUUUUUUUCCAGAGUCCGCGGGGCGGUGCCGGCGGCAGCCCGGGCUCGAGCAGCGGCUCGGGCUCCUCCCGGGAGGACUCGGCGCCGGUGGCCACGGCCACUGCUGCCGGGCAGGUUCAGCAGCAGCAGCAGCAGCAGCGGCGCCACCAGCAGGGAAAAGUGACGGUGAAAUACGAUCGCAAGGAGCUGCGGAAGCGGCUUGUGUUGGAGGAGUGGAUCGUGGAGCAGCUGGGUCAGCUGUAUGGCUGCGAGGAAGAAGAAAUGCCAGAUGUAGAAAUCGAUAUUGACGAUCUUCUCGAUGCAGACAGUGAGGAAGAGAGAGCUUUAAAAUUACAGGAAGCUCUUGUAGACUGCUACAAACCAACAGAGGAAUUUAUCAAAGAGCUGCUUUCUCGGAUAAGAGGCAUGAGGAAACUGAGCCCUCCGCAGAAGAAGAGUGUAUGAUGCUGGAACAGGGUGGAACUCUCCCAGAGAUGAAGACAGGGUCCUGGGAUUUGGACUUCAUGAAGACUUUUGUUACAGAAUAGUUGUCCUUAUGAGCAACUUUUUUUUUUUUUGGUGUGUGUGGGGAAUCUAUUAGGCAUUUAUUCAAGAGCGUUUUUUUUUUUUAAGGUUUUUGUUAGUGUAAUAUUUUAAUAGCAAAGAUAUCACAACUCUGGCCACAGCCCAACCAAGGAUUAUCAAAGCAGGUGGACGUCCAAGGAUGGGCCGGGCCAGGCAACAUUUUCUGAAAGGACUCAGAUGUUUAGGUACCUUACGAUACAGGGAAGAUGGCUUUCUUACAACUAGUUUGAUAAUACUUUUUUCUCAAGUUGUAUAUUUGAUUCAGCUGUCAAAUCUCUCAUACUUGUAUAUAGCCAUGCAAAACUAAGUUAAAAUGUAGAUGUGAGUUUUAUUUCAUAUGGAUGGAAUAAACUUGUGGUCGUCCUUGAAUUGGAGGUCCCAGCACAUGUGUUUUCUAGAGGCCGCCAGGCAUUCUUCAUGUGACUGCUGCUGUCUGUCAACAUUCACUUUAUGCACCAAAGUGAAAGAAUUCAGUGUAUCCGCUGUUUUAAUGAGCUACACUACAAAAAUGUUGAGUUGGUCAAGGGCUUAAUUUAUGGACUUUAUAUUAUUUCAUUGGUUGGGAUGCUUUGCCAGGUCAUGUACUUAUCGCCUUGUUUGUGGUCUUUUAAAGUUUUAUGAACCCUUAAUUUGCAGAACUAACCUGAUUUCUAGAGAAAUGCCUACGCUAUCUGAGCAGUGUUUUGCAAUGGAAGAAGGAAGCCCUGUGUAGCAACGAAUUCUCUGCUUUCAACCAAAUACUUUGUAUUAUUCUCUCCCCGGGAAAGCAGAUCAAAAGGAAGUUAGCAGACUGUCUUGCUCCUUAGAAAUAGGUCCCUUCUAUGCCUGGUUGCAGCAGACUGGAGGGUGUGAAUGGCUUGUUGCAGAAGUGUAAAUGUAAGAAAGCCCGGCCUUCUCUUAAGACAGUCGUUAGUGGGGGAGCAUUUGCUGGUUUGGAAGUGUGGAGACUGCAUUUCCUGCUUCUCUCAAUUGGCUUAUUAUGGUGAGGACUUUGGGCUUUCCUGGCGCUAAUUGUGCACCCUGAUCCCCGUGCUUACAGCUAGGCCUGGGCACCUGCCCUGCCCCUCUUGGUUACAAAAUCAAAAUUUAGUUGAGAUGUGGGCAGGGUCAAAGGUUAAGAGUAGAAACUCUUCCUUCCCUCCAGGAGGCCCCUGCUGCCUCCCACAGAAACCCUACCUACGGGAGACGUCCCCAGGUGGCCCUGUCCAAGGAUGGGGGUCAGGCAUUUUAUAUCAAGGGUGCUCUGAACAUAUUUUAUUUUUUAAGAGAAAUAUGUUUGUGAAUUUUACGUAUACUGGCAAGCUUUCGAAAAUGUAUUUAAUUUUGUAAUGUUUACCAAUGAUUUAUUUACAAGCUAUUUACUCAAAUAAAUGGAGCUGCUUACAAGUC